AUGGCCUCUCAUAAACGCAGCUUUCAGUGCUUUGAUGCCAUUGUGGACAACUACCCUCAGAAGCCCUCUUUUUCUGUUGGGCAUCGCUUUGCUGCACCUCAGAAAAGCUCUCAUAGCUCGACACGCUUGGAGCCGCUGGAAGAUCGUGGAUGCUACCUGUGUGCAGACCACCAGCAGGCCAAGCCGACGACCUCAGAGGCCUCAGGGACUCAGUCUACUCCAUGGUACCAGCCUCAAACCCACCACCAUUCACCAAGGAGGCCCGCAAGACCAGAUGGAGAGCCUGCUGAGGGUACAACACAUGAACACCACCACCACCACCACAGCCACUCCAAGAGGAUUGUGCUUGUGAAGAAUAGUGACCCAUCCAUUCAGAAGACCAUUGUGCUGCACCGCAGGACUGUGCGCAGCCUUGGAGUCUUUUUGGAUGAUGUAUCUGAACUUAUGCAGUGUCUCAUCAGGAAGCUGUUCACACUGGAAGGCCGCAAGAUUGACAGCAUUCAGAGUCUCCUACAGUGCCCCAGUAUCUUGGUUUGUGUGGGCCGUGAACCUUUCCACCCACUGCUGUUGAACAGUUUCCGGAAAAAUUCUGAUGAUAAACUUCCAAAGCUUGUCUUAAAGUCACGCUCCAGUGCCUGCAAUGAGGAACAAGGAUUCAACUUUGGACUUGAAACCAAGAAAAGCAUCAUCCAUCCAAGAUCAAACUCUAAUGACAAGUCAGCCCGACUCAGCAUGUCAUCAGAAAAGUCAUUUCCACACAUUCUUAACUCUGUUCCACCAAGGCAAACGAGUUCUUAUUCUCAAGCAAGAGAAAGUGUGAUGGAUGAUGACAUUGAAAAGCGAGUUCUUGUCAAUAAGGAUGGUAGCUUGUCAAUGGAGAUGAAAGUGCGAUUUCGACUGCUAAAUGAUGAGACACUGCACUGGUCCACAGAGAUUAAGAAGUCAUCAGGCAUGGUUAAUGAAUCCUUCAUGGGAUACAAUGAUGCCUACUACCUCCAACACAGCAACAGUGAGAGUUGCUCUGAGGCAGAGUCCCUUUUCUGCUGUGAGGAAUACACAGAGCAAGUAUUAGAAAAAGCAACUUGCAUUCAGCAGACUGUUGGGGAGGAAGGUGAAACCACAGUUGAAUACUGUACCAUCAGUCGUUGCUGCAGUCGCAGUGAAGCAUGUUCAGUGAAGAAGGCUUACACUGAAGAGAAAUAUGAAAAAGUUGAGAAUAGUCAGAUCACCCAGGAAGAAGAGAGACCUUUAUCUGUUGAAAGCAAUUCCUCACAAGUUUUGGCAUCCCUUAAGGAGGAUCAGGAUGAAGAGGAAACAGAUCUCCCUCCAAGUAACUCAAGAGCAUCCCAGAGUAACAAUCAAGAUGAUGAUGAAGAAACCAGAGAUGUGGCUUUAAGCCCACAUUCUGUCACAUCCUUUGAAGAGGAGCACACUGAUGUCAAAGACAACCCUGAGGAGAGAACAACAAGUGCCAUGUCAUCUAAUUCAAACAUCUCGGCAAGAUCAAGACAGUCCAAACUAAUAUCAGAACCAGAGUCUUCUGAUUUGAAAGAAGAGAAUAACCAAAUUGAGGACAGAUCUCCUAGCAAAAUGUCUGUCAAGUCUAAUGUCUCUGCACAAUCAAAGAAAUCUAAUUUUUCAGAAGUAUCUUCUGUAAAACCUCAAAUGAUGGAGACACAAGAAAGGAAAGAUUCAAGUGCUAUGUCUGAAAAAUCAAAUCAAAGUGAUGAAGAGAAGGAGGAGAGAGUGACAAGUGCUUUGUCAACAAAAUCUCAUGUAUCUGUGAAGUCUAACAAAUCAAAAAAACCAAAGCCUGCAACAGAAACAUCUGCAUAUAAAGCUGACAGUGAGGAGAGGGAUGUCAGUGACAAAACAAGUGAAAAAAGCAGUAAAUGCAGAAACAGAAAAGGCAGCUCUUCACAACAGAAGGCAGAUGAUGAGAUCUCUGAGUUGGUUCCAUCUAACUUACCCAACACUUCUCCAACUGAGGUAGUGAAUGAAUGGCUGAAUAAAAUUCCACUGGACAGUGCUUUAUAUGAGGUUGGGGAUGAAUUCCAUGAAAACUGUAAAGAACUAGAGACACUAAACAGAUUAGGAGAGCCAACACAAAAUGAAAAAGAGAAUGAAAGUGAAGGAGAUGUUGAAGUGGCUGUGCUUGAGCCUCAAAUUGAGAAGGAAGCUCAAAUGGCAACUAAAGAAAUGGAUAAUAAUGACAAAGAAGAGGAGGUGAAAAAAAUGACUGACAAAGACCUGAAAAAGAACCAAUCUUGUCCUGAAAAAGAUGACGUCCCAAAAAGUUUUCAUUCUUCUGUCCAGGUUAUGAGAAUUUUACUGAGUCCCAAACUUGACAGAUGCAACAGUUUACCAGAGGUAUCUACUGUAUACGGACAAAAACUCAGCACCUCAGCAAGAGGACUUUUAGACUGCCUCGUAAAUCUCCAGUUAAUUGAUUUCGAUCCCAAUGAUGUAAAUGGUAAAGCUGAAAAAUACAAGGACCUCAUGAACAUGCUUCAGUCCCUUUGGCUCUGUGACCCAUCGGACAGGAUGACAGUGACACAGAAAAGUAAAUCCAGUGAUCAGCAGUCUGGGGAUGAUGAACUGAAGGCCAAGUCAUCCUCAGGGGUAGACGUAAGCAGUGGCUCAACUGGCUCUGGAAAGAGCAGUGUAAAUGAUAGCACCCAGGCUCAGAAAUCCCAAACCAAUACAGAAGGUGAGGGCCCUGAAACACUGACAAAGGUACAAGAGGUUGAUGAAAUAGAAAAAGAAGAGGCUUUAGAGGUGGUAGAAACAAAUUCUGAUCCAGCAACCCCAGACAUUGCAAGUCGAGUCCAGUGGACCCCUGAGACUGAGGCAGAGGGUGCUGUGGAAGAAAGAAUUAAAGAUGGUAACAUUCCAACCUCAGAUGAUACAAUACGGAGCAACGAUAGUCCAGGAGAGCCACUUGAAACACCCCCUUCAUCAAACAAGAGUGCUGGAAAUGAGCAUCAAGAAGAAACAAGUUCGGGCACCCCUCCGUCAGUGCAGAGGGCUCCAUUAACAAAAAGAGUUUCUCAAGAUCCUGAUCCUGUCUGGGUGUUAAAUCUGCUGAAUAAACUAGAAAAGCAGUUCAUGACACAUUAUGUCAAUGCAAUGGCUGAAUUCAAAGUACGCUGGAACUUAGAUGACAAUGAGCAGCUUGAUGUCAUGAUAUGUGAAUUAAGGGACGAAGUCCAUAAGAGGAUACAAUCAAGCAUAGACAGAGAACUCAGGAAAAUUCAGGGUCGUGCAGGAAAACCUAAACCACCAAAAGAAGCCAUGUCACGUGAGUCAACUAUUCAAACAGAACAAAGGCGCAGGCGUCUGAAAGUAAUGCUCAACCAGUCCAUAGAUCCAGCAACCAAAAGUGAUGAUGAUUAUACAGCGACAGGGCUGAUUUUCAGUGAUCAGCGCAGUGAUGAUGAAUACUGCCCAUGUGACACAUGCAUGAAAAAGAAAAUGGCAUCAAAGCCUGUGCUACCUACGGAGGCCUUAAAUUCUGCUCCAGCGAUGAUGGAAUUUGAUUUAAGAAAAAUUCUGCAGCUGAAAAGAGAAGCUCCCGCAAGUAACAAAGAAAAUAUUAUUGAGGGGACUGGAAAUGAGGAGCUAAACACAGAAGAUGCGAUCACUGAUUGUGCAGAGUCACACGAAGUAGUGGACACUGAAACUGAAAAACUAGACAUAAAUGAAGAAGCAACUGAAUGUGAAACAGAAAUUGAUAAAUGCACAGUUGAAGCAGAAACCUCUGUUGAAAGUAAGACUGAUAAGCAAGAAUUUCUAAGAGAGCUUGAUACUCCUGAUGAAGAAACAGCAGAGCGGGGUGAGACAGCUGAAGUUGAAAAUGUGGAGACAGCCAAGGUUGACACAGUAGCAGAAGAGGAAAUCGCUGAAGGGGGCCUAGAAGGUGAGGAAACAGUGGAGGCUGAUGAAGCUGAAGUAGCAGAAGAUGUAGAGGAAGUUGAUGAAUUGAUAAAAGGAAAUGGGUCUGAGGAAGGUGAUGCAGAGGGAGAAGUGCAGCCCCCAGACACUGAACUUGCAGAAGAAAUUGAAGCAAAUAUGGCUAGAGGGGAAGACAAAGAGAGUGAAGAAGCAGACAAAGCUGAAAUCGGAGAAGAUGAGACUUCAGAACCAAAAAGUGCUGAAUUUCAACCUACAAAAGAAAGUGAAACACCUGAUCAGAUAACAGAUGAGCAUACGGAUGCUGAAACUUUGGAGAAAAAUGAGACACCUGAAGGAGAUUUGGCAGCAGAAGAGGAUGGGGAAACAGCAGCUGAAAUUGGUACUGUAGAAACCACCAAUGCUGAAAUAGCAGAUGAUGAAGAGGAAGCUGAGUAUGAAGUGGCAGAGGAAAAAGAGUUUCUGAAAGAAGGAACAGGGGAAGAAGAGGACACCCUAGAGCCAAAGAAACAGGAUAUUACACAUUGUGAAGAAACAGAUGGAGAUGAGUCAGUUGAAGGAAAAGAUACCACUGAGGAGGAAACAACAGGAGAGGAAACAGUUGAGGAUGGAAUAGUGGAUGAGGAAAAGAUUAGUGAAACUGCAGAAGAUGGAGAAGCAACUGAAGAUGAAUCUGCUGCAGAGUUCACUGAAAUAACAAAAGAUGGAGAGAUAGUUAAUGAUGGAGAGACAACUAAAUUAGAAACAGCAGAAGAGGAAGAAAUGACUGAUCAAACAGCAGAAGACACACAGACAGAUAAAGCUGAAACAGCAGAAGAGGAAGAAACAGCUGAAGAUAUACUUUUUGAGGAGACAGCUGAUGAUAAAACACAAGAAGACAGAGAGACAACUAAUGAUGAAACAGCAGAAGGUGAAGAGGCACCUAAAGCUGAAAUAGCAGAAAACGGAGAGAGAACUAAUAAAAUGACAGUAGACAGUGAGACUACUGAUGAUGGAACAAGUAUGGAUGAAGAGACAGCUGAUAAUGAAACAGCAGAAGAUGAUGAAUUAGCUGAAGUCAGAAGAGUAGAGGAUGGAGAGACAACUGAUGAAGAAACACCAGAAGACAGAGAGACAUCUGAUGGAGAAGUAGCUAAAGAGGAAAGAGCAGAAGAUGGGGAGGAAAUACCAGAAGAUGAUGAGACAGAUGAUGAUGAAACAGCACAGGAUGGAGAGACUUCUAAAGCUGAUAUAGCAGAAGAUGGAGGGAGGGCUGAUGAAACAGGAGGAGAUGAAAAGAAUGAUAAUAAUGGAACAGAAGAGGAUGAAGAGACAGCAGAAGAUGGAGAAAUCACAGAUGACAGAAUAGCAGACAAAGAGACAGGCAAUGAUGAAGCAACAGAAAAUGAAGAGACAGGGGAAGCUAAAACAGCAGAACAUAGAGACACAGCUGACGAAGGAACAGUUGAAGAUGAAGAGGCUUCAGGAGCUGAAAUUGGACAGGAUGGAGAGACAGCAGAAGAUGGAGAAGCAGCUGAUGAUGGAACAGCAGAUGACGAGACAGGUCAUGAAGAAGCAGAAGAUGAAGAAACAGCUGGCAAUGAAAAGAGGAAGAGAGAAAUGAAGCUGAAACCUCAAAAGAUGUAG